AUGCCAACAAAUCAAGCGGAAUUCGAUGAAAUACUCAACGAGAAGGUCAAAGAGUUUCGGGAUAUGUAUUUCAACCCACCAAAAGAACCCGUUUCCAUGGAGGAUUUUGAACGGAUUCGAACUUUGGGACGAGGCGCUUUUGGUCGCGUUUUACUUGUCCGACAUUGGGAUAAAGACGCGUAUUACGCAAUGAAGGUACUAUCAAAAGUUGAAAUUGUGAAAAGUCGUCAAAUUGACAACGCAAUCAAUGAGAAACGAAUUUUAGCUGCUUGCAAUUUCCCGUUCAUCAUUCGAUUACAUUACAGUUUCAAAGACAACAGUUAUCUAUAUAUGGUCAUGGAAUUUGUGAUCGGAGGCGAAAUGUUUACCUUAUUGCGUAAUAUGAGACGAUUUCCAGACAAUAUGGUCAAGUUCUAUGCCGCCCAGGUGGUUUUAGCAUUCGAGUAUCUUCAUCUGCUCACUAUCGCCUAUCGGGAUUUGAAACCGGAAAAUCUGCUAAUCACAGGUGAGGGAUUUCUCAAAGUGGCCGAUUUGGGUUUUGCCAAAAUGAUCCCGAAAGAUAAACGUACGUGGACCUUGUGUGGUACACCGGAUUACAUGGCACCAGAAAUUAUAAUGAGUAAAGGUUAUCAUUGUGCAGUAGACUGGUGGGCAUUCGGUGUACUGUUGUAUGAAAUGACUACUGGUUUUCCGCCCUUUAUGCAUCAGGAUCAGAUGAAAACAUUCGAACAUAUUAUUUCUGGGAAAAUUAAAUUUACCAACAAUUUCGGCCCGGAACUGAAAGAUCUCAUACGCAAUCUGAUCCAAGUGGAUCUGAGUCGACGUUAUGGGAAUUUGAAAAACGGGAUAGCCGAUAUCAAAGAUCAUGCUUAUUUUUCAGAUAUGGACUGGAUGCAAAUGUAUAACAUGCAAAUUCGUCCGCCGUACAAGCCAAAAUACAAAGGACCUUCGGACACCAGUUGUUUCGAGAAGUGGGAAGAAGAGACAUUAAAAGUGGCAGACAAGGAGAAAUUCAAAAUCGAAUUUGAGGACUUUUAA